AUGAUGGAAACCAGAUAUAUCCAGCUCUGCGCCUCCAUGAUUUGUAUAGUUUUACUGACAUCACUACAGCUCUACGUAAAAGAACAAACCAGGAUAUCUCGGACAAAGCUGCUGCCCUAUGUACCAAGCCAUAUCCCCACCCCCGUCAAAGAACCCAACACCACUCUGUGUCCACAGGGCAGACCUAAGCCGACUAUAGAUGACAUCCUCUGUAUGGCACCGUUUACUUUUAAUUCAUCACACAAAAACCCCUGCUGGACGUCAGUCACCGGGAAAUUAAAAUGUCUCCCGUAUUUUCAAGUCAUAGGGAUGGAUAAAUGCGGAACAACUGACCUUUUUGCACGCAUCUCUAGACACCCGGAUGUAGUGCACAAUAUCAAAAACAAGGAGACGAUGUGGUGGUCAUGGGAGCGGUAUGGUUAUUGGCUGUGGUCCUUAAACGCAAGGCGAACAUAUUUAUCCAAUUAUAUUCAUUAUUUCGAUAACUUAGCUUUACGGUUGAACAACAUUUCACGAAAGAAAGGAAAAACUCAACUGGUUACCGGAGAUGGAACUCCUAUGGAUAUGUGGGAUUUUCGGGGAUGGAAGAUGAUCCCACAGAAUAAAGGGCUGAAGGAGCCCCAGUAUUUGACCCCUCACCUCAUCCGACAUGUAAACCGUGACGUCAAACUCCUCAUACUGCUCAGAAAUCCUGUAGACAGACUAUACUCUGAUUAUUAUUUCAUUGAUAAUGGAGAACGCAGCAAGAAUCGGACCACGUUCCACCAGGCUGUCGUGAAGGCCAUCGAUGUCCUGAAGAACUGUCAGGAACAAAGAAGUCUCCGGAGCUGUUUGUUUGACUUUAACCUCAAUGCAAAACUCGUGAAACAUAAAACAAGAAUUCACCUUGGUUUUUACGCAGUGUUUUUACGAGAAUGGCUCUCGGUGUUUCCACGUGAUCAGAUUCUAAUCAUGCGUACUGAGGAUUACUCCGCGAACACCAAAUCAAUGAUGAAACGCGUAUUCGAUUUUCUCCAACUGAAGUCGUUAAAAGAAGUAGAACUUACAAAAUUCAAAAUAACGACAUCAAAACGAGAGUAUGUUACAAAACACAAAUUAGGAAAACAACCCAUGAUGACAAAAACUAGGGUAAUGCUAGAAAACCUUUAUCGCGCUGACACAGAGGAGCUGGGUCGGUUACUGAAAGACAAACGCUUUCUGUGGAUAUCCAGGGACAGCAAAAGUGGAAUGGUUGAAAAAAAACUGUACAGAUGAACAGAGCACCGCAUAUAAACUCCUCCAUCUACAUGUACACUGAGAUGUUGGACUGAAUGUCAGUCACUACCCAUCCCAAAAGAAAAUAAUCCGGAAAGGCAAUCGAAUGAAUGUUGAACACAACGUC